CGCCGCCUGAGCGCGGGUCCCGCAUUCCCGGGGGGAGCAGCGCCGGCGCCAUGUGGAUCCAGGUGCGCACCAUGGACGGCACCGAGACCCGCCGCGUGGACUCGCUCUCCAAGCUCACCAAGGUGGAGGAGCUGCGCCUGCGGAUACACGAGGUGUUCGCCGUGGAGCCCCAGCGGCAGCGGCUCUUCUACCGCGGCAAACAGAUGGAAGAUGGUCACUCCCUUUUCGAUUACAGCGUGGGACUGAAUGAUAUUGUUCAGCUCCUGGUCAGACAAAGCCCAGCAGUGCUUCCUGCUGGGAGCAAGGAGAAGGAUUCCGAGCUCUCCGACACCGACUCCGGCUGCGGCUCCGGCCAAAGCGACUCGGACAAGAGCUCCCACAACGGGGAGGGAGCCCUGGAACUGGAGGGCCAGCCCAGCACAGCAGCACAGCCCGACUGGAGCCACCCCGUCUUCGGCCUCUAUAAGAUCAACGACUUGGUGGACGCCCGGGACACGGACAUGGGAGCGUGGUUUGAAGCCCAGGUUGUGAAUGUGACCAGGAAAAAACCUCCCAGGGAAGCAGCUGAGAGUUGCCCAGAGCCUGCCCGGCCCACGGCCGUGCCGGAGGAAGAUGUGAUCUAUCAUGUCAAAUACGACGAUUAUCCAGAGAAUGGAGUGGUGCAGAUGAGCUCCAGUAACGUUCGGGCCCGGGCACGGACUAUUCUGAAGUGGCACCAGCUGGAAGUAGGACAGGUGGUGAUGGUCAACUACAACCCUGAUGAACCAAAAGAGAGGGGCUUUUGGUAUGAUGCUGAGAUCCUGCAGAAAAGGGAAACAAAAAUGACCAGGGAGAUCAAUGCAAAGAUCCUACUCGGGGAAGCUGGUGACUCCUUGAACGACUGCACAAUCAUGUUAGUGGAUGAAAUCUAUAAAAUUGAGGAACCAGGCACUGCUUCCCCCAUCCCAGCAGGAACACCAAAACGACAGAGUGGACCUGUGUGUAAAGCCUGCAAGGACAACCCAAACAAGACCUGCAGAGUCUGUGCUUGUCACAUCUGUGGAGGGAAACAAGAUCCAGACAAGCAGCUCAUGUGUGACGAGUGUGACAUGGCUUUCCACAUCUACUGCCUCAACCCUCCCCUCAGCAGCAUCCCAGAUGAUGAGGACUGGUAUUGCCCCGAGUGUCGAAACGAUGCCAGUGAGGUGGUUUUAGCAGGAGAGAGAUUAAAAGAAAGCAAAAAGAAACAAAAGAUGGCAUCUGCCAACUCAUCCUCGAGGAGAGACUGGGGCAAGGGCAUGGCGUGUGUCGGUCGCACCAAGGAGUGCACCAUCGUCCCCUCCAACCACUAUGGACCAAUCCCUGGCAUUCCCGUUGGCACCAUGUGGAAAUUCAGAGUUCAGGUGAGCGAAUCUGGAGUGCACAGGCCCCAUGUUGCAGGGAUCCAUGGCAGAAGCAAUGAUGGGGCCUAUUCCUUGGUCCUGGCAGGAGGCUAUGAAGAUGACAUAGAUCAUGGGAAUUCCUUCACCUACACAGGGAGCGGAGGGCGGGACCUGUCUGGGAACAAACGCACGGCAGAGCAGUCCUGUGACCAAAAACUCACCAACAUGAACAGAGCUCUGGCUCUGAACUGCAGUGCCCCCAUCAACGACAAGCACGGAGCAGAAGCCAAGGACUGGAGGGCUGGGAAGCCCGUCCGGGUGGUCAGGAAUGUCAAGGGAGGCAAACACAGCAAAUACGCCCCUGUGGAAGGGAACAGAUACGAUGGGAUAUAUAAGGUGGUGAAAUACUGGCCCGAGACAGGGAAAUCUGGAUUUUUGGUGUGGCGUUACCUGCUCAGGAGGGACGAUGAAGAACCUGCUCCUUGGACCAAGGAGGGAAAGGACAGGAUGAAAAAGCUUGGCCUAACAAUGCAGUAUCCUGAAGGAUAUUUGGAAGCUGUUGCAAAUAAAGAUAAGGAAAAAGAAAAUAGUGGAGAGGAUGAGUUCGAUACCCCGGGGAAAGGAAAGAGGAAAAGGAAAUCAGCAGGUGGGGAGGAAAAACCCGUCACCUCUCCAGCAGGGACCCCAAAGAAAACUAAAGUUGAGCCAUACAAGCUGACAGCCCAGCAGAAAUCUCUCAUAAAAAGUGAUGAAGCCAAUGAAAAACUGUGGAAUGAAGUACUAGAGGCUCUCAAAGAUGGACCGAAAUUCCUAAACAAAGUGGAAGAGGCCUUCCUGUGUAUCUGCUGUCAGGAGGUCGUGUUCCGGCCCGUCACGACCAUCUGCCAACACAACGUGUGCAAGGACUGUCUGGACAGAUCCUUCCCUUUAGCUGCUUCUUUAUCCCUUCCAACCACUCUUUUUUGA